CCCGGAAGUGCUGAAAUGGAUUUCGAUGUAAAGUGACACGUAUUACUAGCAGAUCCGGAUCGGAGGAUGAGCAGGGCAAGCGAGUUUGGUAUCAGAUGGGUGGAGAAAUGCUUUAAAUUGAAUUGAAUUUUCUUUUUACCCAAGCAGAAGUGACGCCGUGGCUAGUGAUUGCUGGUUAGCUUCCUUCGGAAAACGGUGAUGCUUGUGUUGCUCCGAAAGUUCAAUUGAUGGCUUUUGCUGUGCAUGAUGAUGGCGCUAAGUACAGCAGCUUCAAGCAUUCAGGCGCAUUACAAACUGCGUUAACAACCACCACGGCUCACUCCAAUGGGAAAUUCUGGUCAAAGUCAGAAGCCAAGUCAUGGAUUGCCUUUUUGUUUUUAGGCACAUGCCUGGUGUACUGUGUCAGAGUAACUCUGCCUAUCUGUGUACCUGUCAUGGCAGAACAAUUUGCAUGGGACAAGAAGCAGUCUGGCAUUGUACUUGGAAGCUUUUUUUGGGGAUACUGCUUGACACAAAUCAUAGGUGGCCACACCAGUGACAGAUUGGGUGGCGAUAAAAUACUUCUACUUUCAGCUACUUCAUGGGGAUCAGUAAUCACCCUUACUCCACUUAUUGUACAUUGGAGCUCUACACCAAUCAUUUUUUUAACCUUAUCCAGAUUCCUUAUGGGCCUGUUGCAGGGUGUUUUUUUUCCAUCACUGACAAGUCUAUUCUCCAGUAAAGUGCGGGAAAGUGAUCGAGCGUUUACCUCCAGUGCCGUGUGUGCGGGCUCUCAGGUUGGAACACUAAUAAUCGGGGCUGUUGGUUCAGUGUUGUUGGACUGGUAUGGCUGGGAGAGCGUGUUUUACUUCUCUGGCCUCCCUUCUAUUCUGUGGGCCUACUGUAUGUGGAAAUAUUUUCUUAAAGGAGAAGACCAGAUUAUAUCUUUGGAAAAUUUGGGCAACAAUCUAGUGAAUUCAAAGGACAAUAAAGUCAUGUGGAGAAAAUUCUUUGGAAGUGCUCCUGUCUGGUCUCCUGGCCAAAGAAAUGAGCACAGAAGUGAAGACAGCAGAAGAAGAGCCCAGUCUCAAGCUGAGCUUGAAACUCUUUUGAGGGCUGUCAUUGUAGCUCAUGUUUGCAUCAGCGGCACUUUUUUCUGCCUUUUGUCAUGGAUGCCGACCUUCUUCCAUGAUUCGUUUCCUGAAUCUAAGGGUUGGGUUUUCAAUGUAAUUCCAUGGGCUGUUGCAGUCCCAUUCUCCUUUUCGGGUGGCAUCCUGGCUGAUCGCCUGAUCAACCUUGGGUUUGACACCGCUAAGGUGCGUAAGUUAAUGCAGGUGAUGGCCAUGGGAUUAUCCAGUAUCUUUAUCGAAUUACUGAGUUACUCAGGCAGCUAUUACCAAGCCUUAAUAUGUAUAUCAGCUAGUUUAGGACUUCAGACCUUCAGUCACAGUGGGGUAUCUGUCAAUGUUCAAGAUUUAGCACCAUCAUGUGCUGGUGCACUGUUUGGUGUUAUGAACACUGGUGGAGCUUUAGUCGGUGUUAUUUUAGUGUACUGUGCAGGUUACCUCAUAGAAACCUCAGGAUCCUGGCCAUCAGUUUUCAACUUGAUCAGCAUAGUCAACGUAUUUGGCCUUUCUAUCUUUGUUAUCUUUGGCCAAGCAAAGCGGGUAGAUAUUUAAGUAAUGAUUUCGUACUAAAUUGAAUCCAGAGGUUACUGAACAUAAACUUCAAGAAAAAAAGAACAUACUUUUUAAUUAUAUAGGCUCUAACCAGUGUUUUUUCUGGGACCAAGGAACUGUUAAGCUUAUUAUUGUACCUUGUUUAUAAACAAUUUGCUGCUGAAUUCCUGCUUUGAACAAAAGUAGUACUUAAAUAUGCACAUAACGUUUAUGGCUAUUUUUAGUGAUUUUAUUUGUUGGAGAGAUACUAUUUUUACAUGAAUAGAAUAUUUAUGAGAAUGUAAAAAUACAAACUUAUGACAAAAUCAAAGGAAUUCUACUUGUGAUUUAUUAAAAGAUGAGAUAGAGAUUGUGUAUCCUUAAAGGAGAGUGCUUAUAGAGAACCAAGAUUAAAUUCAGGAAAAAUGUAGCUGGCCUACGCUUUGAACCAUUCAUUUUAUCAGCUGGACAUUCACUGACUGCACGCUCAUAGGUGCCCACAGAAUUUUUGUUUCCAGUUAGCAUAUUAUUCUAAUAUUAGUACAAAUAUUAGAUCAAUGAUGGUCUUUAUUUCUAAGCUUUGCAACUUACAGGUAUCAAUUUUAACAUUCCAAUUUCUCUAAUAACUACAUACUCUUUAAUUCAUUGCAGGAUUCCUACUCUUAUAUGGUACUCUUACUUUUUAUCCUAGUUGAUUAUUUCCACAACUAGACCAAAUUUCAAAAUUAAAAUGUCUUAAAUCUAGUUCUCUAGCUCCAUAUUAAAGACCUCCCAUAUUGCUGUACAUUUAAAUGUUGGGCAUUGCUGAUUACAAUACGCAAAUUGCCUUUUACUAGUUCUGUUCAUAAGAAUGACUGGUUUAAACUUGGCUCCAUUCAGAUAUCUUGAAUCUUAUAGUGUCUGCAUAUGGUAUUUUCUGACUAUCAGCUUAUCAACUCAGUGAGGUGCAGUCUAUUUACAGUCAAAAUGUUACAUGUAUAUUGUAUCAUAGUACGAUUGGAAUGUUGGGCAUUUGUUUUCAUGACUGAAAUGUGAAAUUCCAAAAGUUAUUUUGGCAUGCUUCCUCUUUCGGCUUUUACAAUGGGAGCAGCAAAUCCACCCUUGGUGAGCUUGAAAUUAAAUUUACUUAUAGUAUCUGAUUACCGUAUAAGAGAAUUAGUUUAAAUCUGCAAUGUUUGUAUUCAUUAAUGCUUGUAUAUUCAGAAUCAAACAUUUUAUGUUUAAAAGUUUUAUAUAAUUACUUAAUUACUCAACUUUAAAUUGCAUUGUGAUUAUAAGAUGCUUAAAGAAUAAAUGUUUAAUUUCUAAAUCAUUAGCUGCAGGAUAAAAAAUUCUCUUUGGGCUGAGUUGAAAAUAUUUAAACUACAGUUAUUUUGUAAAAUAUUGAUGGCAAUAAAGUUUGAAUAUAAACUUUU